AUGACCGGACCCGCAGAUUUGCUCAAGCUGAAAGCACAUAUCGCCGCUUCGUAUCCUGACUUUGAGGCGAAUGUCACAAAGGCAUGGAAAGAGGUCAUUGACGAACUAGCGGUGGUCACCGAGACUAUUAGUGAACAAGGCGCCAACUACCUGCCUCAGCUUGAAUUCGCUGACUUGUCAGAUUUAACUGAGGCGCAGAAGACAGAGAUCAAGAGCAAGGGAUGCGUUGUCAUCCGUAAUGUGAUAGAAGACCAACAAGCCAUCACAUGGAGGCACGGCCUUCAGGAUUUCGUUGCGGCGAAUCCUGACGUCGAGGGGUUUCCGAGUGAAGAUAAACAGUUCUUCCAGUUGUUCUGGACGAAACCACAGAUAGAAGCUCGCGCACAUCCAAAUAUGCUCAGGGUAUCAACCUGGUUGAACCAGAUUUAUCACUAUGACGGCGAGCUGGCAAGAGACGGGGCAGUGGAUCUGUCUGAGCCUCUGAGCUAUGCCGAUCGGCUCAGGAUGAGGCAUCCUGGAGUGCACUGGGACAUCCAUCCGCCACAUGUUGACGGUGGAGCGAUUGAACGGUGGGAAGAUCCAUCGUUCCGGUCGGUCUUCAAGGAUAUCUUCGAAGGCAAUUGGAAGAAACACGAUCCGUACGAUCUGCGCGGAAGGAUUAAUGCGAAAAGCUCGUUGCAUAACAGAGUAGGACAGGCUACGAUCUUCCGAACCUUUCAGGGAUGGCUUGCGAUUAGCAAAACCGCACCGACAGAAGGCACUAUUCAAUUCUUCUCGAACGUCAUCAUGAGUAAUGUGUAUAUCAUGCUGCGACCGUUCUUUCGACCUCUCGUCCCUGCCGACUCUCCCGACAUCUUGAAGGCCGAGAGCUGGCAGUAUGACAUCUCGACACCGGACUUUCCUGGAAUCAUUCCCAGGGACAGCGGUUAUACCGGGCCAAGGCCGACACCUGACCUGCAUCCUCACCUCAGACUCGAGAAAACCAUGAUUUCAGUGCCGAAGGUUCUUCCAGGUGACACCGUGUUUUGGCAUUGCGAUAUGGUUCAUGCCGUCGAAGCCGAACAUACCGGAAAGGAAGAUUCUUGUGUGAUGUAUAUCCCCUCAGUGCCUCUCACGCCAAUGAACAAAUCGUACAUUGAGAGACAGAGAGACAGCUUUUUGAAAGGAAUCAGGCCACCUGAUUUCCCUCCUGGUAUCAAAAAUGAGCACGAAUUUGUUGGUAUGGGCUCGGCCGUAGAUAUAUUGGAACCUGCGGGGAGAAGAGCGAUGCUGUUGCCCGUAUCUGUAGCAUGA